AGAAGUGGAAGACCUGGCCAGCUAGAUGUUUGCUAUCACGCCAGACCAAGCUAGACUUUCGCAAACACUGCCGUAAACCGAGGCUUCACGUCAGUUUCACGUCAAUGGACAACCAGUUAGCGGCACUCACAAUCCUCUGAGUUUUAAAUAGUUGGAAGUGGCGGAAUCUCUCUGCUUGCAUACCAAAUGGUCAAACAAGAUCCAAAGCAUCACCACACAGUCUCUCAGGUUCCCAGUUGUGCAGCUCCUCUCAAUGUGAAGCAGCGCGGUGAAGGAUGGACAAGCUCUCUUUGGGGGAUAAAGCUGCUUCAAGUUCUCUGAUGCGCUGGGUGGAUCCGUCCUUCACUGAUAUGCCAGGGGAAAGCUUUGCACUGUCCAGAAGGAGGAAGGGCAGCCAGGCUUUGUGCUCCAAGGCUGAGCCUAAGAGGCCCAGGAAGAGGACAGGAGAUGCCAGCAGCUCAGACCCUCACACGUCCUACCUGCUGAAAGAAACAGCCCAGACUGACCUGGAUGAGCCUUGGGUGAACAGAUACUCGCCCCGUUCACAGGCUGAGCUAGCUGUCCACAAGAAGAAGAUAGAGGAAGUGGAGAACUGGAUGAGAGUUCACUCAAAUGCAUCAAAGGGUGGUAUCCUACUGCUGACAGGACCAUCAGGCUGUGGAAAGACUGCCACAGUCCAGGUUUUGUCUCUGGAGCUGGGCCUCAGGGUUCAGGACUGGACCAACCCCUGCAACCUGGAGACAUUCAGCAGCAGUGAGCAUGACUGGAGGAUGAAUGGCCUGUCCUACAGUUCCCAGUUAACCCAGUUCCAGGACUUCCUCCUCAGAGCAAACAAGUACAACUGCCUAAAGAUGGUGGGUGAUGAAGAAGCUACAGACAAAAAGCUCAUACUGGUGGAGGAUUUCCCAAACCAGUUCUACAGGCAGCCUGGCAGCCUGCAUGAUAUCUUGAGGCGAUUUGUGAGGACCAGCCGAUGUCUCCUGGUGUUCAUAGUGUCAGACAGUCUGAGUGGAGACAGCAGCUCACGCUUUCUUUUUCCCAGAGAGAUCCAGGAGGAGCUGAACAUCAGCAGCAUAAGUUUUAAUCCUGUGGCUCCAACCACAAUGAUGAAGGUCCUGACUCGAAUUUCAACCCUGGAGGCAGGAAAGAGCUGUGGGAGGAUGUGCGUUCAGGACCAGGCAGUGUUGGAGACACUAUGUUCAGGAAGCUCAGGAGAUAUUCGCAGUGCCAUCAACAGCCUCCAGUUUUCCUCACUUCCAGAUAAGUCAUUAGAAAAAGGACUGUGGAGGAUGAAGAAGGACAGACACGGGUCUUCACUGGGCAAGGCUGUUUCUAGAACAAACCAGAGGAAGAAGAAGCCCAAACUAAUAAAGGAGCAUGGAGAGGAGCAGGCUAUUGGAGGGAAAGAUGCUUCUCUGUUCCUGUUUAGAGCACUGGGAAAGAUCCUGCACUGCAAACGAGGGAAACAUGAAGGUGCUGAAGAAGCUGAAUGUGCCCCCGGCCCUGUUCUACCCUCUCACCUGUCCCAUCAUCACAGAGAAGCAUUACUUGUAGAACCUGAGUUGGUUGUUGAGCGAUCACACAUGUCUGGAGAGUUCUUCAACCUUUACCUUCACCAAAACUACCUGGACUUCUUCUCUGAGGUGGAGGAUGUGGACCGAGCCAGCGAGUAUCUGUCUGAUGCUGACCUCCUCACUUCUGAUUGGACGAGUCGCAGCACUAUGGGGCUUUACGGGUCUUCAGUGGCCACCAGGGGACUCCUUCACUCCAACUCUCAACAAGUUUCUGUUGGCUUCAGACCGCUUCACAAACCCAACUGGCUGAUGGUCAACAAGAAGCACCGAGAGAACUGCCUGGCUGCCCAGUCCCUGUUCAGGAGCUUCUGUCUGACACCAGUCAGCCUGCAGACUGAACUGCUGCCAUACCUGGCCAAACUCACUAACCCAAUGAGGAACCAAGCUCAGAUAGCUUUUAUCCAGGACGUGGGUCAGAUGUCACUAAGGAGGUUCCCCGGCAGAUUAAAACUGGAGGCUCUUACAGACAAAGAGCCAGCCCUGGAGCAAGACAGUGAGGAGGAAGAGAAAGGUCAGGGUGGGGAUGAGGAGGGUCUGCCAGCCAGUCAGCCCCAACCAACUACAAGCCAAGUCCUUUUGGAGGAGGAGGACCUGAUCAUAGAGGAAUAUGUCAGUGACUAACAAACACAACUCUGCCAUUCUGUGACCCAAUUUCACUUUUUCAUUGUCAACGUUGUUUGCAAGUUUUGGCAAAAUGAGAAUGAGGAGACCGUAGCUCCACUCCACAGCAUGUUGAUGGCUAUAGCUCUGGUAUAACCAGUAGUUUUGCCUCCUAGAAAUGUCAUCUAGACAAGAUCUGAUCAUUUUUCAAACAGCCUCCUUUUCCUGUAGAACCUGGAUAUAAUGUGAUUCUGAAGCUUGAAACAGGCUCAUAAUAAUAUGAAAGCAGGUGGAUUAUUAGUAAUAAUCUGGCCUUCGGCAGUUCAUUUGUACCAUUUGAAAUAUUAUCAGUAUUUAUUUGUUUAAAGUGCAUGUUCAGCACUUGCCAUCGUUUUGUCUGAGUGACUGUUGAGCCUUGAUUAACCUGUAAUGGAGAACUGUCCUUCAUCUGACAUCUUUUUUUUGUGUGUGUUUUUUUGUACUGUUUCCCUUCAGAUGGAUGGAAAACAAGAAAUAAAUGCUUAUUGAAGUUGUUUAAACUAAUUAAGCAUGUGAAUAAAAAUAAUGUGUGAAACGCU